AUGAGUUCAAGUAGCAGAGCUUGGAGUGUGGCGGCUAGUGUUGGAGUUGUGGAGGCCUUGAAGGACCAGGGUCUCUGCAGAUGGAAUUCGGCUUUCAAGUCAGCUCAACGACGUGUUCAAAGCCAUGUUAGAUCGUUGUCACAGGCAAAGAAGCUCUCUUCUUCCUCUUCUGCUAUACUUUCUAACAGACUAAAUGGAGAGAAGGUGAAGCAAUCAGAAGAAUCCUUAAGGACAGUCAUGUACUUAAGCUGCUGGGGUCCAAACUGA